CCUGUUGUCCGCCUGUUCCUUGCAGAAUAUUCUCUAUUCUUCUGAGUAUUGUAUCCCCUACAAGGAUUGUGUGUCUUCCUUGGACAUUUGGAGAACUCUUUGUAGACAACUUGAUUUUCUUACAGGUUGGGCAGAGCUGCCAUCCACAGGUGCGUCCUGUAUAUCUCUCUGUUCCCUUGGAAAAAUUGGAUUUUGAGAGAGAUCUUUCACAGUUUCCAUGUUGAGGGCCUGGUAUUGAUUGUAUUGACAUUGAAACUUCUGGCUGUGUGGAAUUCCUUCUGGUCCUCUUCUCUAUGGUGGCCACAGCCUGCCCAUCCUUUCUGUCUCCAGCCAACUAGAAUGCUGCCGUGACCUCUUGCCUCUGUUGAUUACAAACUGCCAGGCCUCCUCUCUGACUUCAUCUCUGUCUGACUAUUUGGUGACCAGCUCUUUUCUUCCUUGACCAUGGGAUACUGAUAUUUCCCAAAUCUGGCUGUCUAUGAACUCCUCAACUUCUCUGAGUCUCAAUAGCAUAUCUGCUUGCCACCCACUUGUACUACGUGCACAGGCAGUCCCUUCUGGGUUCAGGCAGGAAAGAAAACGAUGCACUUCAUGGCAAAGGCCAGGAUACUCUGUAUAGCUUUAAACCUGGUUAUCCCACCCUGGACCAGAUCUUUACCUUGAAAUAGCUUUUCAAGAAGAUGAAGACAUUUAAUAAGCUGGAGUAGGGCUUUGUAUAAACUUCCAGCAGGCUUUUGAUUCAGUGCAUUGAGCAUGUUUGUGGAAUACGAUGAGGCAACUUGGCAUCCCUGAUCUGGAGCAGAAAUAAGCAUCUCACUGCAGUUUAGCAUCGAUCUCCAAGAGGGGAAGGGUUUUGGACACAUCCCUGUCCUUGGCAUCUCUCAAUGGCCAGCUUAUGUUGGUUACCAUCUAGCAUAUGUGGUUCUGUGGAUUGCAUUAUAAGGUGCCUGCCUCUCCUCAUUUAUUGUAUAAAGAGUUGAAGUGCCUAACUCAGGCUUUGUGGAUUGCAGUUUUGUUCCUGUGAUUUUUCUGGGUGCCUAAAAUUAGGCAUCACAAUGCUCAGCAUCACAACACCGAAGUUCCUUUGUGGAUCUGGGUUGACAGAACUAAUGAAAAUCAACAACUUGCCAAUUAGAAACAUCCCUUGGCAUCUGAGAGUGAAGUGAUAACUCCAGAAACCAAUAAAAGAGCAUUGCGAUGAAGAGAUGGGAUGAGUGUGCCAGCAGAUAAUGAAGUAAGAGAGAAGUGGUGGAACUGCAAUUCACUACAGUAACUUAUAUGAACCAAUUGUUAUUUAUGCCACUGGGAGGCUGAAAGUCCUGGAAACAUGUUAUGUAAGAAAUGACAGAGAAUUUGCAAAGCCGUUGUCUAGCAAAUUGGAACAUGGAGACGAAGCUAGAUCCCGCUAAGGAUGACCUGCCCCUAAUGGCCAACACACGCCACAUGCUUGUAAAGCAUUAUGUAUUGGACUUAGAUGUGGAUUUUAAAAGCCAAGUUAUUGAAGGCACCAUAGUUCUCUUUUUUGAGCCUGGGAGCAGAUGCAAAAAAGGAGGCAGUGCUGGGGAAGGAGCCUGUCUUUCACAGUCAGAUGAAACAUUCAAAAUUAGGGCAUCUGAAUCUUGUCACAGUCCUGUGACAAAUGUAAGUGUCCGCUCAUCUAAAACGGGAUAUAAUGAUUUUUCAGUCUGUGCUAAAGGUGAAAAAGAUACUUCUGAUAAAAAUGGUAACCAUAGCAACAGGGAACAGGCUUCUGGGAUUUCUAGUUCAAAGAACUGCUGUGACAUAGAGACUCAUGGGAGUGAAGAUUUUUUGCUGGUAUUGGACUGCUGUGAUUUAUCUGUGUUAAAGGUCGAGGAGGUAGAUGUUGCUGCUGUGCCAGGUAUUGAAAAAUUUACAAGGUCUGCCAAGCUAACUGAUGCUGAAGAGCUGAGAAAUCUUAGGAAUCAGAUUGUACAUGAACUUGUGACUUUACCUGCGGAUCAUUGGAGGGAACAGCUAUACUAUUACACCCACUGCAGCCAGGCGCCUGGUUGUGGAGAGCUUCUGUUUUCCACUGGCACUUGGAGCUUGGAGAUAAGGAAAGCAGAGGUUCAAGCACCAAGAGACUUUCCUCAUGCCAUAAGGAUAUGGUACAAAACAAAGCCGGAGGGAAGAUCAGUUACAUGGACCACAGACCAGAGUGGCAGGCCAUGUGUUUAUACAAUGGGGUCUCCAAUAAACAACAGGGCCCUUUUUCCAUGUCAGGAGCCACCGGUUGCCAUGUCAACAUGGCAAACCACAGUCCGAACAGCUUCUUGCUUUGUUGUCUUAAUGAGUGGUGAAAAUUCAGCGGAACCAUCACAACUUCAAGAAGGUCUCUUAAGCUGGUACUAUUAUGUGACCAUGCCAAUGCCAGCAUCCACCUUUACCAUUGCUAUUGGGUGUUGGACAGAAGUUAAACAGGAAUCCUACACAGCUGACGUCCAGACAAAUAAUGAGUUUUCCUCUCUGUUUUCAAGGGCCGAUCUCAGGUUGAUCGAAGGGAGCUGUGGUCAUGUGGCCUAUCCUUGCCGUUUCCAAAAUCCUGCUGCCAGUUCUCAGCUAGUCAUUCCUCAUCGAGUCUUUGCUCCAUGGUACCUUAAGGAUCGUUGUGCAGAGAUCCUUCUUGAGCUGAUUCCUCAGUGCCUGUCAGCUGCUCAUGCUAUAUUGGGUACCCACCCCUUUUCCAGGAUUGAUGUGUUGAUAGUCCCUUCCAACUUUUCCAGUAUGGGAAUGGCCAGCCCACACAUCAUCUUCCUGUCACAGAGCGUAUUAACUGGAGGGAGCCAUCUCUGUGGAACACGUCUGUGCCAUGAAAUUGCUCAUGCUUGGUUUGGACUGGCCAUUGGUGCUCGUGAUUGGACUGAAGAAUGGAUAAGUGAAGGGUUUGCUACUUACUUGGAAGAUGUAUUUUGGGCAGUAGCACAACAGCAGCUGCCACAUGAUGAAGCAAGAGAGCAGCAGGAGUUGAAAGCUUUGCUGCGCUGGCGACGGCUCAGAGAUGAGGUGCAGAACUCUAAAGAAGAGCUGCAAGUAUUAAGGCCAAACAAAGAGAACACAGGAGAAGUGAGUGAGUCUGGAACAUGCAUAAUCAAACAUGGUCUUAAUGCAGAAAAAAUCUUCAUGCAGGUUCAUUACUUGAAGGGCUAUUUCCUUCUGCAAUCUCUAGCCAAGAGAACUGGAGAGGCUACAUAUUUUGAAUUUUUAAGAAAGUUUGUGCAGAAGUUUCAUGGACAACUGAUUCUUUCUCAGGAUUUUCUUUACAUGCUGCUGGAGGACAUCCCAGAACAAAAAGGGUACGGACUAUCGGUUGAAAAUAUCACUGGGGCCUGGCUUGACACUUCUGGAAUACCAAAGCCUUUGCUGGAAGAGUGUCAGUCUUGGGACCAGUGUCGAUUAGUCCAGCAAGUGAAUGAUGAGGUCGCAAAAUGGAUUCAAGCAAACCAGAGAGCCAGAAAAAGGACCAAAAGGAAAAGAAGGCAGGAUGAAGUGGCUUUCCAAAAGUUGGCAGGUUUGAGUGUUACUUUGAAAAUCUUCCAAUUAGCACAACUUCUCCCGGACCAGCUGGUCUUACUUCUGGAAUCUCUGUUGGAGGAGAAGACGUUAUGUCUCAGAAUUCUACAAUGCUUAGAGAAAACAUACCACCUCGAUGAGCAGGAUGCAGAGGUUCGACAUCGGUGGUGUGAACUUGUUGUUAAACACAAAUAUACAACAAAAUAUGCUGAGGUUGAGAAAUUCCUCAAGGAAGAUCAGGCUAUGGGUGUUUAUCUGUAUGGAGAAUUAAUGGUGAAUGAAGAUGCAAAACAACAGGAACUUGCCUAUAAAUGCUUUGCUGCAACACAAAAACAAAUGGAUGUGUCCUCAGCCAAAGUGGUGGCAGAGAUGUUAUUCUGAAGAGGAGAGAUCACAGAAAAAAUCUUAAUAUAUCUACAACUAAAUCCUGGUAGUAACAGGAUUUCAUUGAACCUGAUAGACAUCAAAGGAAGAAUUGUGUGCCUGCUAAAACAAUCAGCUGACAAACAUUUACCUCUCAGCAUUUAUCUUUUCAAGAGGCUUUUUGCUACCAAGCGUGUAAGUAGAAAGCACCAACUGCUCCUCUCCACCCCUAAAAAAAAAAAAAAAAAAAAAAAAGACAUUAUUGUGGUUCUGGCUAGUUAGGUAGCACAAGACACUUGAUGACCCUUAUUUAUUGUAUGGUGUUAUGACAAUUCUGUAUUCCAAAUACCAAAACAACUUAAGUCCACAUACAAAAAGGGGUUGAGAAGAGAACUGUUGAUUUGAAGAAACACUUUGUACACACUUUAGCAAAGGGGCAUUGCUGAAAUUAGACUAGGUUUCACACUAAACACAGCAACCACUAGCAAACUGCAUGAAAGUUUCUGCCAUACCACUCCCCUUUAAGGGAAAUUAAGUGGAUUUCUUGGAGAGACUUCUACCAUUCCAAGGGAGGUUUAGGUCAAGGGUGGGUGUUGUUUUUAAUGUAUUAUUUGGUAUAGAGAUCCUAAGCUGAAAGACUAGAAGAAAUUCAGUUAUUUUAGUCAUGGAGUAGAAUGGACUGAAAACAAUUGCCACUAGAAGCUGGAUUGGUUUUCUUUACGACUAGAUAUACUUACAGUGUAAAAAGGGCAUACUUCCCAUUACUGAAAACUUUCGUUUUUCUCCCCAUGGGAUGCUUCAUUUGUACCGUAGAGGCGUCAAAUAUAACUCCUCUCAAUGCAAAGACUACUGGAGUGAUUCCUGGACACUUCCAAAAUUGAUCUUUUCAUGGAACUGGACCCCUAAAAAUGGGACGGGGGGGCAAAUAUUUACCUUAUAAAAUGUUUUCCCACAAUUAAUUGUGUGUGGUUUAACUAUUUCCAUUGUUUAGCAGUUAGGCACAUUGGAGUAAAAGUCAGAUUAUUUUAUCAUUAUAAAUGUACUAAAGAAGAAAUGGAGACUGAGUUAAUUAAUGAGUAUUGAUGGAAAUAAAUUCAACACAGUGGGGGAAUUAAAAAAAAAACCCUCUUGCCCAAAGCCUAUAAACAGUGCUCUGCUGCUAACUGAUUCAGUAGUGCACUCAAACACAAUGGAGCGUAGCUACUCUUUUCCCUACAUUCUCUGUACCAUACCAAAAUUCAGAAACAGAUUUUUAAUUACCUGGGUUAUAUUCAGUCAGCAAUUCAGAUUGUGAUAAGAAUUAGGAAGCUGUCUAAUACCAUGCUGAGUUACUGCCAUGGCUUCUAAUACAGUUUUCCCCACAGAGGUAGUGACUAAGGGAUCCUAUUCAUAAAAGAGCUAUGCCCCAGUUCACAGGUUUUUUGCAGAGGCCAGUAAGGGAGAACAAGUACAAAUACUCGUUCUUGGUGCUUUCAUUGUGUACGGGGAAAGAACUCAAGAGUUGAAUAAGGCACUCGAAGGCUAAACAUGAAUCAAUCAUCAGUCCUAGACCGUUUGUAUCCAAUAAUAAUAAAAGUAAAUUACAAACUAAAA